AUGAUCAUAUCUCCAAGAACAAUCGGUGGUGUCUAUCUACUUUUCUUCUCCUGUUUUUGCACCCUGAAGAUGAUGACGCUUUUGAAGCUGUUUUCUGCACCUCUAUAUCAUCAGUAUUACAACCCUCCUGGGUCAAAAUCACUGAUUAUUGGAUCGAUUGUGAUUUGUCUUUUUAGGGUUUUUUUUUCAGAAGAGACUGGAGGUCCUAUACUACCAGAAAGAUCAGAGCUUUUUGAUGAUGAUAAACGGACCCAUCCACACUCAUUCUGUUAUCUACUGAAGUUAAUCUUCUUUCAUUCUGCUGAUAUUCUUAGAAAAGAACCAGAGCACGAAACCUUUGUAAGGCUGAGAAUCAUCCCAUCUGGCAAAGAAACAGAAGAACGGGAAAGAAAGAUGAAGCUAGUUGAUUUAAUUGUGGCAACACCUGGAAGAUUAGUUGAUUUACUUGAAAGGGCAAAAGUGUCAUUACAAAUGGUAAGGUAUUUAGCUCUUGAUGAAGCUGAUCGUAUGUUGGAUAUGGGAUUUGAGCCUCAAAUAAGAAAAAUUGUGGAACAAACAGACAUGCCUCCACCUCCUGGAAUACAAACAAUGCUUUUCAGUGCCACUUUUCCUAGAGAAAUCCAGGAAAGGGAGUUGGCAUUGAGGUCAUUUAAGAGUCGGAAGACUCCAAUUCUUGUUGCUACUGACGUGACAACAUGUGGGUUGGAGGUGAUUGAUGUUGGCUCAAGGGCAGUUUGGUCAUUACCUGUUGCUAAAUCAUUCCAGCAAUACAGAAACUUUAUAACGUUUGCAGCUGAAGGAAAUGCCUUCAAGGACAAUGUAGAGAAGCUGCCUCUUCAUAGAGAACUAUAUGAACUGAAUCCCUCAAGCUUCUUUGUGCCCUCUUUCAUAAACGCAUUCAUGGCUAAUGAUGAUGUCAGUAGAAAUCAAAGUAUCAGAAACAUAAUGUCUGAACUUGUUUCAGGAGUUUUCACAUUCGAUAUGCUCCACCCAGAUUUCUGUGCAAAGAUGCUAGCUAAGUCUAGAAGUUGUUGUUGUUCGUGUCAUGGCCCUGUGAUGGGUGCUGUUGAAACCAGAAUGGAUGCUGUAGUUUCUGCUAUUAUUUUCCAUCCAAGUCGUGUCAUGGCUCUUAGUGCUUCUUAUGGUGUUGAUUUCAAGAAGAAAGUUAUGACUGAUGUUGCAUUAAGUGAAACAGGUAGGCACGUUACACAAAUCUCAAGCUACCUAUUUUGGGUGGUGCUGCUGGGGCUUUUGGUUGCUUCACCUUAUAUCACAAUGGAUGGUGCUUAUCAUGCUAUGCCAUCUAGCCAGACCUCUGCAUUGCCUCCUACAAGCUAUCAUGGCAACCUUCAACAGUAG